UCCUUUACGCGCAAAAACACACUUGGCUCACACACUCACCUUCAGAUGUUACAGCCGUCAUCGUCGACGUUCAGCAUUGUUUCUUGCAGACCAUGAUGUCAUAAGUUCAUCUCCAAGACUUGGGGAGUCAGAUGUGGAAAUGGAGUCUUCGGAUUAUGUUCCGAGUUCUUCCAGCUUGACCACUAAAGAGCUGCAGCAGAACUUGAAGUUGGUGAAACGGAGGGAUCGACCCAUCCGCCUGCUGUUCGACAUCCCCAGCGCGCGCAUCGUCGAGCGUGCGCUCAGCAAAUACGUGCUGUACAAGGUGGUGGUGAUGCGCUCGGGCAGCUUUGACAACAUCUGCCUGCCUGUGGAGCGCCGCUACAGCGACUUCUGUCGCUUCCAUCACAAGCUCCAGGAGGAGUUCAGUGAGGAGCUGGAGGACGUGCUGCUGCCUCGAAAGCUACUCUCUGGGAAUUUCGAUCCUGAAAACAUAGUAGAACGUCGACUCGGACUCCGGGACUAUUUGGCGAAGCUGUACGCGACUCGCUGUGUGAGAUAUUCCCCACGUUUCCCAGAGUUCUUCACUGAGCAGGAACAGAAGCGGGCGCAUAGUUUUCUGCGAGCAGGUCAGUUUAAAUCAGCCUUGGAUGAGCUGCAGCUUAUUUUGGGAAUACAGGAGCGGAUGGAGCCGUGGCAGUCGGCGACACUGCUGGUGCCAACGCUGUGUGCCAUGGCUGUCUGCUACCGGGACUUGGAAGAGCCGGAGCAAGCCUUCGCUGCUGCUCACAGAGUUCUGCCCACGCUGAGACGCUACAAGGUGGACAAGUACAGGACCCCGGUCCUGGAGAUGCUGGUGGAUCUGGGCUACCAGCUGGGCAAACCGGUGGCUCAGUUACAAGAUGAGCUCACCAAGCUGAGAGACGGUGAGAGGGGGGAGGUGUCCUACUGCUCCCUGAAAGAGCUGGUGGUGCAGGAGUUCAUCUGAAGGCCGCCGCAGAAGAUGACAUGUCAUGACCUGUCUCCUUGUGUGUACAGAUUAAAAAUAGCUAGCAAACGCAGGCAUUCUAUGAACAAAAACGUGGUCGGUGUUGAGCUGACUUCUGAUCACACUUUCAAAUAAAGAUGAAUUUUUAAAAUUCAUAAAUAAGAAUCGAGUGGAAAGAAUGAUGGUUUUCAUUGAA